CCCCCGCGCCCAGCCAUGCUGAGCUGAGCCCCGCCGGCCCUGGCCGCGCGCUGCCCCCGGCUCCCGCCCCUCCGCGGACCCGCUCGGGGGCCGCGGCCGCUCGGCGCCUCGGCCUCGGCCGCUCCGCCCGCCCGGCCGCCCCGAGCCCCGAGCCCCGAGCCCCCCGCGCCGGGCCCGGGCGGCAGCGGCGGCGGCGGCGGCGGCGGCGCGCCCGGCCCCCUCCCCCGGCGCCGGCCACGGGAGGCGGUGAUGCGGGCGCGGGCGGCCUCGGCUGCGCCGAGAGCGGAGACACAGGCUCAAGAUGGCAGAUUCCGACUGAGGCUGGGGGGGCCGAGCUCGCGCGCCGCUUUCCCGUCCCCGUUGCCAUGAACCGCGGACACCCCGGCCCCGAUGGCCCCCGUGUACGAAGGUAUGGCCUCACAUGUGCAAGUUUUCUCCCCUCACACCCUUCAAUCAAGUGCCUUCUGUAGUGUGAAGAAACUGAAAAUAGAGCCGAGUUCCAACUGGGACAUGACUGGGUACGGCUCCCACAGCAAAGUGUAUAGCCAGAGCAAGAACAUCCCCCUGUCGCAGCCAGCCACCACAACCGUCAGCACCUCCUUGCCGGUCCCAAACCCAAGCCUACCUUACGAGCAGACCAUCAUCUUCCCAGGAAGCACCGGGCACAUCGUGGUCACCUCAGCAAGCAGCACUUCUGUCACCGGGCAAGUCCUCGGCGGACCACACAACCUAAUGCGUCGAAGCACUGUGAGCCUCCUUGAUACCUACCAAAAAUGUGGACUCAAGCGUAAGAGCGAGGAGAUCGAGAACACAAGCAGCGUGCAGAUCAUCGAGGAGCAUCCACCCAUGAUUCAGAAUAAUGCAAGCGGGGCCACUGUCGCCACUGCCACCACGUCGACUGCCACCUCCAAAAACAGCGGCUCCAACAGCGAGGGCGACUAUCAGCUGGUGCAGCAUGAGGUGCUGUGCUCCAUGACCAACACCUACGAGGUCUUAGAGUUCUUGGGCCGAGGGACGUUUGGGCAAGUGGUCAAGUGCUGGAAACGGGGCACCAAUGAGAUCGUAGCCAUCAAGAUCCUGAAGAACCACCCGUCCUAUGCCCGACAAGGUCAGAUUGAAGUGAGCAUCCUGGCCCGGUUGAGCACGGAGAGUGCCGAUGACUAUAACUUCGUCCGGGCCUACGAAUGCUUCCAGCACAAGAACCACACGUGCUUGGUCUUCGAGAUGUUGGAGCAGAACCUCUAUGACUUUCUGAAGCAAAACAAGUUUAGCCCCUUGCCCCUCAAAUACAUUCGCCCAGUUCUCCAGCAGGUAGCCACAGCCCUGAUGAAACUCAAAAGCCUAGGUCUUAUCCAUGCUGACCUCAAACCAGAAAACAUCAUGCUGGUGGAUCCAUCUAGACAACCAUACAGAGUCAAGGUCAUCGACUUUGGUUCAGCCAGCCACGUGUCCAAGGCUGUGUGCUCCACCUACUUGCAGUCCAGAUAUUACAGGGCCCCUGAGAUCAUCCUUGGUUUACCAUUCUGUGAGGCAAUUGACAUGUGGUCCCUGGGCUGUGUUAUUGCAGAAUUGUUCCUGGGCUGGCCAUUAUAUCCAGGAGCUUCAGAGUAUGAUCAGAUUCGGUAUAUUUCACAAACACAGGGUUUGCCUGCUGAAUAUUUAUUAAGUGCCGGGACAAAGACAACUAGGUUUUUCAACCGUGACACGGACUCACCAUAUCCUUUGUGGAGACUGAAGACACCAGAUGACCAUGAAGCAGAGACAGGGAUUAAGUCAAAAGAAGCAAGAAAGUACAUUUUCAACUGUUUAGAUGAUAUGGCCCAGGUGAACAUGACGACAGAUUUGGAAGGGAGCGACAUGUUGGUAGAAAAGGCUGACCGGCGGGAGUUCAUUGACCUGUUGAAGAAGAUGCUGACCAUUGACGCUGACAAGAGAAUCACUCCAAUCGAAACCCUGAACCAUCCCUUUGUCACCAUGACACACUUACUCGAUUUUCCCCACAGCACACACGUCAAAUCAUGUUUCCAGAACAUGGAGAUCUGCAAGCGUCGGGUGAAUAUGUAUGACACGGUGAACCAGAGCAAAACCCCUUUCAUCACGCACGUGGCCCCCAGCACAUCCACCAACCUGACCAUGACCUUUAACAACCAGCUGACCACUGUCCACAACCAGGCUCCCUCCUCUACCAGUGCCACUAUUUCCUUAGCCAAUCCCGAAGUCUCCAUACUAAACUACCCAUCUACACUCUACCAGCCCUCAGCGGCAUCCAUGGCUGCAGUGGCCCAGCGGAGCAUGCCCCUGCAGACAGGAACAGCCCAGAUUUGUGCCCGGCCUGACCCGUUCCAGCAAGCUCUCAUCGUGUGUCCCCCCGGCUUCCAAGGCUUGCAGGCCUCUCCCUCUAAGCACGCUGGCUACUCGGUGCGAAUGGAAAAUGCAGUUCCCAUCGUCACUCAAGCCCCAGGAGCUCAGCCUCUUCAGAUCCAACCGGGUCUGCUUGCCCAGCAGGCUUGGCCAAGUGGGACCCAGCAGAUCCUGCUUCCCCCAGCAUGGCAGCAGCUGACUGGAGUGGCCACCCACACAUCAGUGCAGCAUGCCACCGUGAUUCCCGAGACCAUGGCAGGCACCCAGCAGCUGGCGGACUGGAGGAACACGCAUGCUCACGGAAGCCAUUAUAAUCCCAUCAUGCAGCAGCCUGCACUAUUGACCGGUCAUGUGACCCUUCCAGCAGCACAGCCCUUAAAUGUGGGUGUGGCCCACGUGAUGCGGCAGCAGCCAACCAGCACCACCUCCUCCCGGAAGAGUAAGCAGCACCAGUCAUCUGUGAGAAAUGUCUCCACCUGUGAGGUGUCCUCCUCUCAGGCCAUCAGCUCCCCACAGCGAUCCAAGCGUGUCAAGGAGAACACACCUCCCCGCUGUGCCAUGGUGCACAGUAGCCCGGCCUGCAGCACCUCGGUCACCUGUGGGUGGGGCGACGUGGCCUCCAGCACCACCCGGGAACGGCAGCGGCAGACAAUUGUCAUUCCCGACACUCCCAGCCCCACGGUCAGCGUCAUCACCAUCAGCAGUGACACGGACGAGGAGGAGGAACAGAAACACGCCCCCACCAGCACUGUCUCCAAGCAAAGAAAAAACGUCAUCAGCUGUGUCACAGUCCACGACUCCCCCUACUCCGACUCCUCCAGCAACACCAGCCCCUACUCCGUGCAGCAGCGUGCUGGGCACAACAAUGCCAAUGCCUUUGACACCAAGGGGAGCCUGGAGAAUCACUGCACGGGGAACCCCCGAACCAUCAUCGUGCCACCCCUGAAAACCCAGGCCAGCGAAGUAUUGGUGGAGUGUGAUAGCCUGGUGCCAGUCAACACCAGUCACCACUCGUCCUCCUACAAGUCCAAGUCCUCCAGCAACGUGACCUCCACCAGCGGUCACUCUUCAGGGAGCUCAUCUGGAGCCAUCACCUACCGGCAGCAGCGGCCGGGCCCCCACUUCCAGCAGCAGCAGCCACUCAAUCUCAGCCAGGCUCAGCAGCACAUCACUGCGGACCGCACUGGGAGCCACCGAAGGCAGCAGGCCUACAUCACUCCCACCAUGGCCCAGGCUCCGUACUCCUUCCCGCACAACAGCCCCAGCCACGGCACUGUGCACCCCCAUCUGGCUGCAGCCGCCGCCGCUGCCCACCUCCCCACCCAGCCCCACCUCUACACCUACACUGCGCCGGCGGCCCUGGGCUCCACCGGCACCGUGGCCCACCUGGUGGCCUCGCAAGGCUCUGCGCGCCACACCGUGCAGCACACUGCCUACCCAGCCAGCAUCGUCCACCAGGUCCCCGUGAGCAUGGGCCCCCGGGUCCUGCCCUCGCCCACCAUCCACCCGAGUCAGUAUCCAGCCCAAUUUGCCCACCAGACCUACAUCAGCGCCUCGCCAGCCUCCACCGUCUACACUGGAUACCCACUGAGCCCCGCCAAGGUCAACCAGUACCCUUACAUAUAAACACUGGAGGGGAGGGAGGGAGGGAGGGAGAGAAUGGCCCGAGGGAGGAGGGAGAGAAGGAGGGAGGCGCUCCUGGGACCGUGGGCGCUGGCCUUUUAUACUGAAGAUACCGCACACAAACAAUGCAAACGGGGCAGGGGCGGGGGCGGGGGGGGGGGCAGAGGGCAGGGGGACGGGACGGGACACCAGUGAAACUUGAACCGGGAAGUGGGAGGACGUAGAGCAGAGAAGAGAACAUUUUUAAAAGGAAGGGAUUAAAGAGGGUGGGAAAUCUAUGGUUUUUAUUUUAAAAAAAGAAAAAGGAAAAAAAAAAGUCAAUAACAAAAAACCCAGCUCAAGAACCCAUUCUACGCCAAACUGGAAAAGAGAAGAGAGCAACAGGAAGAUUCCAGAAACGGGGGGCCCCAGUUUUUGAAGAACUUUAUGAACUUUUCAAAGAUUAUUUUCAUAUGGCAGCAAGUGAUACGGAAGACUGCUGUCAGGGACACCUGAUAUGGAAAUCAAAUAGAUUUUUAAUUAAUUGAACAUAAGAUUUAGGGAUUUUUCCAGAACUCGAAAGGGUCAACAGCCCUCCAGAAUGUCAGGCUGCAGCCUGAGGAGGCUGAUGUUUGGAGCUGGUGUGGGAUUGGCGAAGCCCAGUCCGGGCUCCCUAGUCAGGAAAGACGGGGGACGGCCAGGCUGCUGGAAGGCCCCCGGGGGCGCGGGGCGAGUUUUCUUUUUCUGAGCACUCUGGAUAAAUCCCUAAGCAACGUUGUUCCUCAAAUGUCAUUAAUAAUGUGUGUUGCAAACUUUAGGUUUUUUUCUUUUCUGAAAAUGUAUUUUCUCUCUGAAUCCACCCCUAGUCGCGUAGCGUAAGGCUAGCGGUCGUCACAGACACCCUAGUAGAAUGUAGCACUCAGCACCCUUGUCUCCUACCUUGUGUUCAACUCCAGUGAUACCAAUAGAAUAUUCCUCAAUGUAAUUGCACAAAAAAAGCGAUAUAACAUAGGCAUGUAACCAAUGUGGCGGUGCAGGUGUGCGGGUGAGCGAGCACGUGUGGGUGUGCACGCGCCGCCCUCCCCGCGUGGCCCUCGGCGCCGCCACCCUAGCUGGCGCAGUCUUGACACUGCAUCCUUCCCUCCUAGUGCCUUACCGAGCGACAGACGCGGCGUGAGGGUUUACUUCCACUGGUACUCCAAGAAACUGAGGCUAGUCAGACACAAUCUCAGCUCUUCUGUUGUGCUGUUGUAACAGUUUACUCUGGCCUUUUUCUUUUUCUUUUUCUUUUUAAAAUGUUAAUGCCCGUGGUCUUUCCUGGGCUGUUUGCUAGCGGAAGGAUGCCAGGGAAGCCAGCAGGAGCUAGGAGAGAGUCCGUGGAUCUCGAAAGAAAUAUGGGAGACAGAUGCCCGGCGGGUGCGUCUGGAGAUGGGGACGGCGGGAGUUGAGUUGUGGCAGUAGUUGAGUUGUAAUUUGUGGGCGGAGGCCCAGAGAGACUCCCCACCCUUCACCCCUGCCCCACUCUGUCCCCAGCUCCGCCAUUUGUGAGGCCAGAGGUUUCCGGACUGUUGGCCUCGCCAGGCAGCCGUCUCCCGCCCCAGGCGGCAUCCCCCAGUCCCUCCCGCCGCCACGAGAGCCUGGAGCUCUCAGCCUCGCCCGGGGCUCCACUCUCUCUUCCGGCUCCCUGGGCUGUUUUGCUCUAACGAUCUUGCCAGAUCCCUCCCUCUGUAGACAACCACCAACCUCUGUUUGCUGUUGAACUCUCUCCUCACAUUACCCAGGUCUGCUCAAGACAUGAUUUUGGUUUUGGUUUUGGUUUCCGAGGGUUCUAGUGGGCAGAAGGUUGGAGGGACACUUAUGAGGGUGGCCGGGGGCUGACGCUGCACUUUGGAAAAACUCACACAGUUGAAUUUCCAAAGAAAUCUGCCCUUUGCCCUCUUUGCACCUUUGAUACAUUCUGGAAGUUUUCUCAGGCUUUGGACACUGCUGGGGAUGGAGGUGUGGAGAAGUGGAGAGUUCCCUCUCUUCAUAGUAAAUAACUCUGAAAUAUGUGAAUGUGAAUGGCAGGAGAAUCUGGCCAAGGAUGGGGCCGAAAAGGGUGGUUCUAAUUGUUUGCUUCUGAUGUUGAGUCUUUAGCUGACCCCACAGGCAGGUUUCCAAGGUGCAAAGAGAUCUUUCCCGAGUCAGCGGCCCCAUCCUCAUCCUCCCGCCCUUUACUUCCUCACUGUGCAGUCUCCCUCAAGGAUCUACUGUGAAAGGUGUGUUUGUAGUGAUAUCCAACCUAACUCAGUAACGAAGCCGUUACUUAGCUCUUAGCUGUGAAAUAACUCUGGAAACUUCCCCACCCCAACCAUAAAUUCUUACUUAUAAAGAAACAGGUCCCCAAACUGGAAACAGCUUAGUCCAGGCCUCAGCGAGAAGGAAGGACACCAUGACUGCUCAAUGCUGGGCACAGCCGGGCAGUCUUGCCAAGUGCCUGCUGGAGGCUGAGCCGGCAAGAGGCCUGCAGCAAGGAGAUUCCCUUCCCUCGGGCCAUUAUCAAUACUGUCUUUAUCUGGAGGUGGGGAAGCGCAGCCCUCUGAGACAGCAGGACAAUGGUCAGUUCAGAGAGGGUGAGGGCAGCAAACGCUUCAGAGGACACAGAAGCCAGAGGACCCCCCUGCCCCACAGCUGGGUCAGCCUGGAAAAUCCAUCUAUUAGGGACUUUUUGGCAGCCAGAUGGCAGCAAUAGCCCAUUAGGUCUCAUCCCGAGUUCCAAGUCUUGGCUGCAAAUGAGCCUCAGUUCGCCUUACUGGAGAGCACCCCCAGAUUCCUGGGCACAGUUCAUUUCCAGCCCUUUCUAGAUCUGAUCUUUUAGGGGGAAAGACAGCUUAAAAUGUUCUUUUCAUUUUAAAGAAAAUUAUUCUGUCUGCUUAAGUUGGAGGCUACUUACUCUUUCACCUGACAUUUUCUUUCCUUUUAUUCUUCCAGAUCAGGAAUGAAAUUUCCAUGCUGCUCAUAAAGAUAAUAUUAUUGUACUAAUUAUUUUUAUUACCAUUGUAAUUAUGAUCAUUAUGUUGAUAUUUUAGUCAGGGUUUUAAAUGCACAUUUAUUCCAAGUAUCUUUGUGUUUUCUCUUUAAUAUUUAAACUUAUUCUCUCUGUGAGUAUAUAAGUAGACUGGAGGGACAUCCAGAUGUCCAGUUUUGUCAGGCAAAAAAAAAGGAAAGACUUAGGAAGUAGGAAAAUUGUUUCUGUCAUCUCUAUCCCAACAAGAGACGUCAAGAAAGAUCCACCACAGAACAAAAAUUUAAAGAAGAAUCAAAGCCUUGAUUGGGCUUCUGACAACAUGGUCACCAUCAAGGUUGUCAUUUUCUAGAUCCCAGAGGCCUGGGAUGCGACGUCAGGUGGCAUCUCAUGGGCUCGGGGAAUGUCGAGUCACUGACUGUCCAGCCCUUAGCCAGCUUCUCUCCCACAUCCUCAGAGCUCUCCUGUGCUUCUGAAAUCUGUUAACUAAAUCUUUGGCUUGCCUCUGAUAUUUAAGCAAGAAAAUUCCCUCCCAGAGGUGACCCCACCCGCUUCCCCACAAUCCAUCCUUUUGCCAUUGGCGCACCUGGGGCGUGGCUUAGGUUCUUCAAUGCAGGGACAUCUGCCACCUCCCAGAAGCUGCUGGGCACAGUGAGGUGGCGUAAGAGUGACUGGCAGGUGGUACCUUCCCCAGGAAAUUUCACCACACCACCCAGUUCCUCAGCCUGCCCCCUCCCCCUGUGAUGCAUGCCCCCAGCACCCAAUUCUAGCCAGCUGGAAGUGGGUGGAGGGACGGCAGGAGGCCAGAGAAACCCUGAACAAAGCUGGGUGGCUGCUCAGGCAUCACAGGCUGCACCCCCUCUGAAAGCAUCCCCACUGGGCUCCGGCCACAUCCUCAGUGCACUGUGCUGUGUGUGCUGGGUGCUCACACGCUGUCCCCAGACCCACAAAGUGCUAGGCCCCAGUUGAAGAAAGGGGUGAAAUAGCACAGCUUCACCGAAGGGAAGGGAAGGGAAGUAUUGGGCGAUGCCAGCCCCACAGACGCUCAGCAAACAUUAGUGCACAUUCUCCUAGUCCUCACCCAAUGGCCUCCUCUACCCCCAUGCAUGGAGCUGCCACAUCAGAAGCCCCAGGAGAAGCUCCCUGCAGGAGAGGCAAGUGCACAUUCUCCUAGUCCUCACCCAAUGGCCUCCUCUACCCCCAUGCAUGGAGCUGCCACAUCAGAAGCCCCAGGAGAAGCUCCCUGCAGGAGAGGCCAGCUCCCUGGAUGCCCAAUUGCAUACCUGGCAGAAUCUGCCAUUGAGUCACCUUAGCAAAUAGGCUGCUGUCACUAGGACCAAGCUCUCAAGCAGAGGGAUGCCAACCUAGUCCUUACUUAGCCCACGAAUCAUCUAGAGCAUCCUCUAGUCUUUUGUGGGCUCCCUCCUUCCCAUUUGAAGAGACAUAGUUCAGAGGAAGAGGGGAAGAUUUGAAAUGUCAGGUCAUGGAGGAGUGUUUAACUGGAGCCUGGUGAACCGCAGGGCAAUUUGCUUCUGCUCACUGGGUUCUGACUGGCCCGUCUGGACGUGGGCCCCCAUGUCUCUGUGCUUAGGGCCUCUUCAUGAUGUUUUGGAUGUUUCCAAGGGAAGUGGGUGAGCAGAUCAAGGGGUGGGAGAGUCGAGGCUUGAUGCCAGUUAAUACAGUGAAGUGGAGCGUGCGGUCAGUGGAAUUCAGAGGAAAAAGAAGGGUUGGAGCAAAGCGGCAUUCAUCUCCUGGACUGUUAGCCUUUCUAGUCUUCCUGGUGGCUGAGGUGUUCACGGGCUGGGGGAGCCAGCUGACCUUUGGCCUCUUCAACCUAGAAGACUCAGCCCACCCAGACACCAACGUGUGAGACGGAUGGACAUCAGGAAGGGAAGGGGAGAUUAGCCCAACUGCUGACAGAACGAUUUCCCUUGGUUGGACCUUGGGAAUGGCAAACACUCAUAUUGGAACAAGCUUGGGGUGGAAGAUUUAGGCCGUGUGAGCGUGUGUGAGUGAGUGGAACAAACUUUCUUGGAAACUGGAGGGAGGAGAUGAGGAGGCUUCGGGAAGUAUUACUGAUGGCUCAUGGUUGAGAGAGCGACGUGGGGCCCCAGCUCGCCCCAGCUUUCGUCCCAGGUUCUCUUUGUCUGAUGCUGAGGGCAGGGUGGGGUGUGGGACCACCACUCUUGUUGGCCUGUCAAGUAGCCCCUAGGACAGAAAAUGGAAAGAAGGAAAUGGCUCGGUGCUCUCAACUAGCAGAAUUCAAGAGAGGUAAGGGUUCCUUCUGCAGGCCAGCCUGGGACUCCACAGCGCCAGCAGGAGUGACUUGGCCACGAGACAUUCCAGCCCCAGGGACUUUGCAGGCUUCAUUCCCUGUCUGUGUCUUUUCCUUCUGGUGUGUUUUACAGACUUCUGAUGGGGAAGCUUCAAACUUGAGCAGGCCAGAGAUGUCCUUACCAAAUUGGAAAGGAAGGUGAAGCUGUUCCUUUCUUUAGCCAAAGAACCCUUCUCAAAGACGCCUCCAGAAAUGGACAAAAUGGCCUUCCCUUCAUUCCUUUCCAGGCAAUAAUGACAUCAUUAGUGAUGCAAUUCUAUUUGUCUUUCUCUUUCCUCUCUGUCCUUUUUUUUAAAAAAAAAAAAAUUGCAUUUAUUUCAAAACUGUGGUAUUCUUUUAAGAGGAGUGGAGGUGACCCCUUCGAUGCUGCUGCUAUCGGGAGACAAGGUGCCAUACCAAUACGUGGGCUUGACUAAUCCCAGGCCACCAUGGGAGAGAGCAAAGCAGGGCUGCCAGGAGUUCAGUUGCAGCAAGGGCGUAGAGCACGCGGGGGCUGGGCUCGGAAUAGCAGUACUUUUCCACUUUGAUGCCUUAGAACUCUCACUUCUCAUCUCCACAGACCAGACUCAGUAAAAUCUCAGGCCACUAGAGAAUGGAAGGCGGUGAAACAGGAUUUAAAUGCAAAAAAAACCUAUUGGAGGCUUUUGGCACCGUGGCUUACUAGAGGGACCCAGCAUAGUAGAGGUUUCUCUUGUUGCAGCUUCUGAAAAGUUCAAAAAAGAACUCCAGGCUGUUGUUCCCUCAAACCCAGUGAGAGUUUGCAGAGAAGUGCCCCCUGCAGGGCUCCUGUCCCAGAACACCAGCACCAGAGAGGGUCUUCCCGAUGCCCCCCGCUGGACUUGCCCAAGCCUCUGGGAGCCCCUCAUCUCAGAUCCCUGUGUUGAACAUGACACUGCCUGUCCCUUAUUUGUUAAAAUUUGCAAUAUCUCUCAAGUAAAUAAUAGCCAACAUUUGUUGAAUGUUUUCAUGACUCCCGGGCUAAGGCCUUUAUGAGCGUUGUCUCAAGGGGCCCCCACAGCCAUCCCACAGGGAGGGGGAUAACAGCCCCCAUUUAUAGAUAAGGGAGCUGACCGGAUGCUCUGAGAAGUGGCAGGUGUUGAAGGAAGGAUAAAGCAGUGAUGGGCCAGAAUCCCCAAGGUUCCCUUUUUUGUUCAUCAGGCCCUUCCUGAGAUGUGAUUUUUAAUCUUUUGACUUUUUUAAUUAAUAGCAAUGCGUGGCCUCAUAUUUCUAUGAACCAUUUAGUGAUACUCCCGCUUCCUGCAUGCCACACACUGUGCUGGGAAUUGCUCAUGGGUCGUCCUGUUUCAUCUUCUCGGUUGCCCUGUGAGAUCGGCAAUAUUAGUCCCCCUACAGCCAAGGAAACUGCCCAGAGCCACACAACUCUUGAGGGGUGAGGAAGGCUUGAACCUGAGUCUGCCCAGCUCCAGAACUGAGCUUGCAGCCAUUAGCCACAGCUGUCUCCUGCAUGUCUGAGCAAAGAAAGGUCUUUACACAGCAUCACCCUGUGCCAUCCCAUGCACCGUGGGACUCAGCUAAAGGACUGUGCAAAGAGGGGGCUCCUGAGUUGGAUUUAGGCAAAAGGGGCAGAAUUCGUUUGAUUUUUAGAGAAAAUCUCUGGAGAGUUUCUUUUGAUUCAUAGAAUUCCUUUUAGAUUUCUUUCCAGCAUACCAACUAGCUUUAGUAGUGCUGCUACAACCAGCUCUUAUAAGUAAGAGUGAAAAAGAAGUAUUCUUUUCUUCUUUAAAAAAUAAGUUUUUCUUGCUUAUAGUUAAUUCUAGAAAGGCAAUACUAAAGGUAUAUAUUUUUUUCAAAAUGCUAUUUUUUACUGCACUUGAUAAUUAUCCUGACAGCUCUGAUCUCUGUAAUAGAUUCACUCUUCAGCUCUGGGCAGAACCAGAGGCAGGGUUCACACCAAAUUUGUAAAUACCAUAUGUGGGUCUGGUGUCCAGGAACUUUUUUCUUUCUGUUAAAAAAAGAAAAAAAAGAAAAAAAAAAGAAGUAGAGGUGGAAGAAAGACAAGACUUAGAGGAACAAAAGAACGUUUUCUUUUGAGAUACUCUUCUCAAAGAAAUAGCAACAAUUGUAUAAACAGGAAAACCAGCCAGCUUUCAUGAUAAAAGGAAGGAGUGUCUCUUGCCCUGGUAUGAGAUUAACAGAAAUACAGAUGCAUUUUUAUUUUGGUUGAAAGAUGGUAAGAAUUUAGAAAUGCUUAGGACUAGAUUUUUAAUUUUUUAAAAUAACUAUUAUCAUUUAUUAUGAAAUAUUUGUUCAGUUGUUUUGAGUGGGUUUCUUGUUCCUUUUUUCAUUUAAAACCUUCUUUGUUGACUGGCUCCAGGCUUGUUUGCCUAAAUUCUUAGGUAGUUUACACAAGUUCUAGAAUCUUUUAGAACUUCAACUCCAUUGGAAGCAAACCUAACUAAUCGGAGUUUGAGAUCCUGGUUGGUUUCAAUAGGUAUUCUGGAAUUCUGGCAGAACACCUAAAGAUUUUUUUUUUUAGAAGGUUUUAGAUACAUUAUCUUACACAAACUGUGACCUAAUGGCAAUAAUUACCUCAAAUGUGGGCAUUCAUCCUGGUUUUAGCCUUUUUUGAAAUCAUGUAGCCAGCUUGAUCUUGGAAUUUAAAGACUAUGAAUUCUCUGUGGGCUGAAAAUAAUGAUUACUUCAUACCCCCGGUUAUCGUUGCUUAAGUGAAUUCUGAAAAUAGCUCAUCUUUACAACAAAAAUUAAACCAAGGAAGAGAUUAUUCUUUGUGUGUUGUACUCAAAUGCGAUGUUCAAAUGCACGUGUUAAGUAUAUAUGUUUUUAGCUACUGUAAAAUGCUGUUAGCCUUCUAAGCUAUCAAGACAGUCACAUUUUAAAUGAGUAAACUAAACAAUUGACUGUGGAUACUUAAGCAUAUUUCUGGCUACGUUUUAUAGUUAAAGUGUUUUAUAGUUUACAUUUAGACUGGUACUUUUUAAAGAAAAGUUCUGUUUAUAACUGACAUCCGCAAACCCCAGUGAAUGCCUCUUAGUUGGAGGUUGUGUCUCCCCCAAGGCAAGUGUGUUGUCCCAGACUCUUCUGUAGUCCAGCAUGCGCACUUCCCUCUGGAUUAUUAGUUUCCAUGUGAACUCAAGAGAACAUGAAAGGCAAUCCAGAUGGAGGGAAAAGGUGUGAGUCCGCAGCCCGGGCCAGAUGCGAAGGUCUCGUGCGUGUCGUCUAAACACUUGUCUUCAAGGCCUUCUCUCUGACAUCUCGGAAGAGUCAUUGAGAACAGAUAACCUGGUUCAUUGAUUUUUGUCUUGAUUUGAAUAUUUAACUUAUUAAUAGAUCCACUGAUUUCCAGGCACCAGGCAGUAGAAGAGACUGGGAUUCAGGUGACCAUGAAGGCACAGCUGCUACUUCUGGGCCGGGGGUGAUAUUUUGAUCAGCGUUUUGUAGGGGAGGACCAUAUACCCCUAUUCCCAUGGUCGCUGGCUGGGUUUUCCAUAUAUCUGCUGUCAUUUAUUCGUUUUCCCCUUGAAAGGAAAAUCAAUGUAAAAGGCUAUGUUUACGUUUUACUCAUUGUCCAGCUUAGACUCAAAGUCUAGUUCGGUGGGAGGGGGACCUUAGCAUCCUCUCAGAGAUGGUCAGGGCUGAGCAGGAGGAGGCAGAGACAGAGGGGCAGCUCAGCCUGGUCCAUUGAGACCCACUCUAAACAGACAUCAUAUUUGGAACAAGAGAGAUGCUUCGAGACAGGAAUGGGCCCCACUGUCAUGCAGAAACAGACUGGGGGAAUGGCAGUUUCCCUGAGUCUUGGUUUCUUUUAUGUCUUCUCUUGUGCCACCACCAAACUGCAGAGGACCUGCUGUGACCUAAAGGGCAUUCCUUUAGCAGAUAAGACCUUGAAAACUGCAAAACACCUGGGACCAGGGAGCUUUUAAAAAAUACAAAAAAAUACCACAUUUGCUUUUUCCCUGUGAACUGUAUUGACAGCGUGUUCUUAGGACAGUCUUUUGGUGGAAAUGUUACUGUAAAAUAGUUUUCAUCUCACCCCUCCUGAUCAUUACUCCCACUUUCCUGUUUGUGUGGUGGUGGUGCUGUUUUUCCCUUUACAUGAAUUAACCAAAUGAAUUUUGUGUCAUUGUUUUUGGGGCUUAUAUUUUUAAAACAUAGAAAUUGCCUUUUGUUCAUUUGAAAAGUAAGUAUGUUGUAUCUGAAAAAGGGCUCUGCCUCUGCUCUCCCUCGCUUCCUUGUAACCAAUCUCCAAACGAAUCUCUCCUGGCACCGCCCCCUUCCUUAUAUAGGGUCACUGUCCCCGGGGCCACCUCUGCCUCCACCCUGCUGUCACCACUGCCCUGGGCCAAGGCACCCAGGACUCCCAGAAAGCCCGAGAGCCGAGAGCCGGCAAGAAGGCCCCACUCAGCCUUGAGACUGGUGGUCACACCUCCCUGUCAGAGUCGCCUGCUGGGCUGAAGGGGCAAUGGAUUGUCAUUGUUGAAAUUGUUUGGCUCAGGUUAUAAGGAGGAACUUGGGAAGUAGAAAGUGACUUGACCAUGUGCAUCCUUGGUAGCUUCCUGUAACUAACAAAUGGAACAGAGAGCACACCCCCGCCCCGCCCUGCCCCGCCCCAAGCAGAUGUUCCCGUCAGCGCUGCCCUGAGUCAGUCAGUCCCCUGUUUCUGCUCUCCUCCCUUUUGUGUUCCUGCUCACUUCAAGCUUCUUCCAUGGACUUUCCAGGGCACAAUCAUCUCUAGCCCCCAAAUCAUCUCUUCAUCCUCUUUGUGUGCAUUUUUUUAACCAAAUGAAGUAGACAAGAAAGUCAUACUUUGGGGCAGCAGAAUUUCUAAUUUAGUAGAAUCACUGUAUAGAGAUAGCUGUUGAUAUAUAUGUUUGUGUAUAUAUAUCAAACCAAAUUUGAUAGGAGAAGUAUAGCUUUACAGAUGAGGAGAAGGAGCUCUUUAGAGGUCGGAGUCAAGACUGGUGUCUUGGACGUGCAUGGGCUGUGUCCCAGGCCACUCCGCACACAUGGGGCUGAGGCGUGGCGCCGGGCCCUUGUCAUCCACCUCACCACGGCAGAGCCAGCAGGCCCUGUAGGGUGCUGCUGCUGUCUCACUGGCUCCCAGCUUCAAGCGCAUCAGUGGGUGACGGGGGCAACAAAUCAGAGUGACUGGAAGUUUCCAUCCCGUUUUGCUUUGACCACGUGUACUGAGCUGCAGCCUCUGAUAUUCUGUCACGUUUCCAAAAAUGGUAUCCAUUAGGAUAGAAAGAGAAUGGAUCUGUAGAAAUGUUUACCUUUCAACUGCUCAUGAAUUCAGGACACUGGAUAGAAAGACUCACUCCCCAAAAUGAGAACAGGGAAGAGGAGACCUGGAGACACUAAGUCACCAGGUCCAAGGAACGUGGCUCCCUCUCCAGGGUCAUCUCACCUAGAUCUUUCUCUCCCAGGUCAUCUCAGCUCAAUCUCAAUAACCCUAUGAAAGCCCUGGUCUGUUGUGUUCCUUCACCGUACAGUUUCUGUAAUAAAAAGUGUUAAUCCAUGUUAAUCUGUGUGAAAAUUAUUGCGUGCAACAGUAUUUUCUCGUGUACCUCUUUUUCCUGUGUGAAUUGUCCCUCUUUUUUAUUUAUAAAUGUCUACUUUUGUUUUUUUAAAGACAAACCAAUGUGUUGUAGACCUAUAUGUAACCUAUUCCUUAGUCUCAUAUUAUAGGUAUGUUAUAAGAAUGGAUAUUUUACUUGGCUUUAGAAUGUUUUACAAGAAAACUAAUUCUUAACUGAUCAAGUCCUUGCUACUAAAAUGCUUGUGUUUUUCAUCAUGACGUCGUGUGCUUCUAAAUUAAUCAUUUUCGUUGUAGAAAAAUGGAGUGAAUUUAUAUUAGUCUUGGAAACUAAUAAUAGCAUUGUAAAUUUAUGAGAUGAUUUUAACAGAAAAAAUAUAGAAGAAUAUAGUUAUUUUAAUUGUAAUAUUACUAACUGUAGGGUGAGAAAAAGGGGGGGGUCCCAUUGUGGUGAACUAUGUUAUAGCUUGUUACUCAUAGUUUCUUUUUGAUCAUUUUUUCGGUCUCCGAGGUGAAAUGACUUAUUAAUUAAAAUUUGUAAACUCACAUAUGCAUAUUGUAUAUGUGUAGAAAUGUAAUCACACUUUGUCUUGGAAUUACAUUAAACUGUUUGAAAUCACUGUA